AAAAAUCAGUAAUGAGAAAAACAAAUACAAAAAAGAAAGCUAAUACUGUACCAGUAGAGUCAGAUAUUUCUGAACAUUUAGAUGACCUGCUAAAAUCAAAAAAGUUGCAAAAAUCAUAUACAACAAAGGAUAAAGUAGAUUUGUAA